AUGGAAAACACUACGAAUUUUAGUGAUUUUGCCAGAGAUGAAGAAGACGAUGAGUUUUCAGAGGAAGAAUCAUGUAGCACAAUGAGCGAUGUGGAACCGGAAAUGCAAGAUAGUGAAGCGGAUAUAUUUACUGCGUCGGAAUCAGAUGAAGAAGAUAAUGAUAACCGAAGUGAAACGAUUUGUAAUCGUACAUGGAAAUAUAUUGCUCCGAAAUCUGUUGAAUGCCCACAGAGUGUUCAUCAAAGUGGCUCUUUGACAAAUAAAAGUCGAAAUGUAAAAUCUAUAGAAGAAUGUUUCAAAUUAUUCAUGGACGAUAGUAUCAUUGCAAACAUUGUUACACACACCAAUCAAAGAGCCAAUGCACAUUACGCUACUGACUUUCACUCUUGGAAAGAAGUAGAUUCCAUAGAAAUAUAUGCAGUUCUAGGUCUUCUACUACUCAUCGGAAGAUUUAGAGAAUCUCGUGAAAGCAGGAACGACUUAUGGCGAAAAGACAAUGUAUUAUCAAGGCAGAUGUAUACCGUGGUUAUGGCACGUGACAGAUUCAAAGAUAUUCUGAGGUUCAUAAGAUUUGACAAUACGGAAACCCGGGAAGAUAGAAAAAAAGUGGAUAAAUUAGCACCUAUACGGGAAGUAUCAGAUAUGUUUGCGGCAAAUUGUCGGGAAUCUUACGAGGCAUCAAAUACAGGUACAGUAGAUGAACAACUAGUUACAUACCGGGGACGGUGUCCCUUCAAAGUUUAUAUGCCGUCAAAACCAGGGAAAUAUGGUAUAAAAAUAUGGACACUUUGCGAUGCCAAAACAUAUUACUGUUGCAAUUUCGACAUUUAUCUGGGUAAGAUCGGACAAAUUCCUGAAAAGGAUCAAGGCCAACGCGUUGUCAAACAACUAACUGAUUUUUGGAAGAAUUCUAAUCGUGUUAUAACCACAGAUAAUUUUUUUACGAGCAUAAUAUUAGCGGAAUAUUUAUUAGAUAAUGGUUGCUUUCUUGUGGGCACAAUUCGCAAAAAUAGAAAAGAUCUUCCAAAAUCUAUUGUUGGCACUUAUCAUAGAGAACAAUAUUCAUCGCAAUUUCUGUUCACAAAUAAGUUGACUUUAGUCUCAUAUGUACCUAAGAUACGAAAAUGUGUUGUUUUACUUUCAAGUAUACAUCAUGAAUUCAGUAUAUCUAAUUCCGAAAAUAAUUUCAAACCUGAAAUUAUAAAGUACUACAAUUCGACAAAAAGUGGUGUAGACACACUAGAUAAAUUACUAAGAGAAUACACAUGUCGUCGAUCCACAAGACGCUGGCCCAUGUCUCUCUUUCAAAAUUUUAUAGAUAUUGCAGCUUAUAAUGCAUUGGUUAUUUGGAUAACCAAAAACCCUGAAUGGGAGUCAAAAAGUUCUAUGAAAAAUAAACGAAAAAUAUUUCUUGAGAUUUUAGCAAAAGAGUUAGUUACAGAAUAUAUUGAGCGACGGGCACAACGAUUCGAAAACAACGCAACAGGGUUACAUAAACACAUAGCACAAGCAUUUGAAGCGUACGGUAGACCAAUAAGAAGAAAGAAUCAGACUCCACAAACAUCUUCAAAACGAUCACGUUGUCAUGUUUGUGUGGGAAACGACAAUAAAUAUAGUAAAAAAUGUGAACAAUGUAAUAAUUUUAUAUGUCAUAAUCAUACAGUACCUACUAAAAUUCUAUGUAUAGAUUGUUCUUCAACAUAA